AUGAAAGACAAGAUGAAGGCCAACAGUCAAAAGAACAUCAAAAUUUAUGCCGAGAAGGAAAUGAGAAAUUUGAAAAAGCUCAAUGAGGCUGGCGUUUCUUGCCCAACACCGUAUCUCGUGAAAGAUCAUGUCAUUUUGAUGAGCUUUAUUGGAAAGCAAGGAUUUCCAGCUCCUGCUUUGAAGGAUGUGACUUUUACAAGUGUGGACAAGUUGAAAAAGGCGUACACUCAAGUCAUUACCAACAUGAGAAAAAUGUAUCAAAAGGCUAAACUCAUUCACAGCGAUUUGAGCGAGUACAACAUUUUGUAUCUUCAUGGUGAAGUGUACAUCAUUGAUGUUUCACAAGCUGUUGAAAGUCAUCAUGCCAAUGCCAAGUCUUUCCUCGUGAAUGAUUGCAGACACAUUAAUCAAUUCUUUGCCAAGCAAGGGUUGACAACAAUCUUGACCGAUAAGGAACUCUUUGAUUAUGUCAUUCAAAACGUUGAGGGUUACAUGACUGAGGAUGAAUUACUAGAAACUACUCUUUGUGUUACUGAAUUAAGAGAUAUUUCCAUGAUGGACCAAACACAAGAUGACAAGUAUUUUGCGCAAGUCUGUUUGCCUCAAUCCUCCAUUGAUUUUGAUGACAAUUAUCAUGCUGUGGCUGCUCAUUCUGCUGUUGACAUUGUUGAGUAG